CACUAUUAUAACUGUUGCCCGGUUCGCAUGCGCUUUCCCUUCGCUCUCAUUUCCUCAUCUGUUUCCUUUGGUCUCAAUUCCUCCUCCCGAUUGACAUCACGCCACUUAUACCCCCUCUCCAGCAAAUCCCAGCGAUCAACCCUAACCACCUUUUUUAAUUGGCAACCACCAAUGGCCACAGCCGAGGAAUCGCUCCGCAGAGCACUAGCCGACAAGCAAUCGGCUGUUGAAGCGCAGGGCAACGCGGUGAGGGCUCUGAAAGCCGCCAAGGCCUCUAAGCCUGAAAUCGACGCUGCAAUCGAAGCCUUGAACGGCUUGAAGCUGGAGAAAUCGUCGAUAGAGAAGCAGCUGCAGGCUGCUGUUAGUGGUAACGAUGGGGAUGCCGCCCUUAGCAGGGAAGCUUUCCGUCAAGCCGCUGUGAAUACAUUAGAACGGCGUUUGUUUUACAUACCGUCUUUCAAGAUUUAUCGGGGUGUUGCUGGGCUUUAUGACUAUGGACCGCCCGGUUGCGCCGUUAAAUCUAACGUUCUUGCUUUCUGGCGUCAGCACUUUGUCCUUGAGGAGAACAUGUUGGAGGUUGACUGCCCCUGUGUGACGCCAGAGGUUGUCCUCAGGGCAUCUGGUCAUGUGGAUAAAUUUACUGACCUUAUGGUUAAGGAUGAAAAAACUGGGACCUGCUAUCGGGCUGAUCACUUGCUUAAGGAUUUCUGCAAUGAGAAGCUUCAGAAAGACCUCAGCGUUAGUGCAGAGAAGGCUGCUGAGCUUAAACAUGUCCUUGCUACAUUGGAUGACCUGUCAGCUGAAGAGCUAGGUGCAAAGAUCAAGGAGUAUGGUAUUACUGCUCCAGAUACAAAGAAUCCGCUCUCGGAUCCUUAUCCAUUCAACUUAAUGUUCCAAACAUCAAUUGGUCCAUCUGGUUUGAGCCCUGGGUAUAUGCGUCCUGAAACAGCACAAGGAAUAUUUGUGAAUUUUAAAGACUUAUACUAUUACAAUGGGAACAAGCUUCCAUUUGCUGCAGCCCAAAUUGGUCAGGCUUUCCGAAAUGAGAUAUCCCCACGUCAAGGGCUUCUGAGGGUUCGAGAAUUUACUCUAGCUGAGAUUGAGCACUUUGUCGAUCCUGAAGACAAAUCUCAUCCAAAAUACUCUGAAGUUGUGAACUUGGAGUUUCUGAUGUUCCCAAGGGAAGAGCAAAUGUCUGGGCAAUCUGCAAAGAGAACACGUCUUGGUGAUGCAGUUUCAAAGGGAACUGUCAACAAUGAAACCCUUGGCUACUUUAUUGGUAGAGUUUAUCUCUUCCUAACUUGCCUUGGUAUAGACAAAGACCGUUUACGGUUCCGGCAGCAUCUUGCAAAUGAAAUGGCGCAUUAUGCUGCAGACUGUUGGGAUGCUGAGAUUGAGUGUUCAUAUGGUUGGAUUGAAUGUGUUGGUAUUGCAGAUAGGUCUGCUUAUGACUUGCGUGCUCAUACAGAGAAAAGUGGUGUCCCACUGGUGGCUGCUGAGAAAUUUUUAGAACCUAGAGAAGUGGAGAAACUGGCUAUAGCUCCUGUGAAGAAAGAACUCGGCCUUGCAUUCAAGGGGAACCAAAAGAAGGUGGUUGAAGCUUUAGAGGCAAUGAGUGAAAAAGAGGCUCUGGAAAUGAAGGCUGCUUUGGAAUCCAAAGGGGAGGUGGAAUUCUAUGUCUGCACUCUUGGGAAAAAUGUGCCCAUUAAAAAGAACAUGGUCUCUAUUUCAAAGGAGAUAAAGAAAGAACACCAGAGAGUUUUUACGCCAUCUGUGAUUGAACCAUCCUUUGGAAUUGGACGGAUAAUUUAUUGCCUUUUUGAGCACUCUUUCUACACGAGGCCAAGUAAAGCUGGGGAUGAGCAGUUGAAUGUGUUUCGGUUUCCUCCUCUUGUGGCACCUAUCAAAUGUACUGUAUUUCCACUUGUACAAAAUCAACAAUAUGAGCAUGUUGCCAAAGUCAUUUCAAAGUCAUUGACAGCUGCUGGAAUCUCACAUAAGAUAGAUAUCACAGGUACCUCAAUAGGAAAACGGUAUGCAAGAACAGAUGAACUUGGUGUACCAUUUGCCAUAACUGUUGAUUCAACAAAAGAUGUGACAAUCCGGGAGAGAGACAGCAAGCUUCAAGUCCGUGUUGAUGUAGAAGAGGCAGCAUCUGUUGUUAAGUCUGUAACUGAUGGACACAGAACAUGGGAGGAUGUGUGGGCAAAUUACCCCCAUCACACAUCUGGCUCGGCAGAUGAUUGAGUCUUGAGAAAUUCCAGCACACUGUUGACAUAGUAACACAAUAUCCAAUAUAUGGAGUAUCUUACAAUGUCAUGAUGAUUUCAAGGGUGACUACAUUAUUGAAAAAUGUGCAUUUAUAUUUGUCGCCAAGAAGCUGUUCAUGUUUUUGGGAAUACCAGUUCUUGCUUUUACAAUUCAGUUCAAUACUCAUACAA